AACUUCGAUACAGAGGCCAAACAACCAGUGUGGUCCAGAAAGUUCUCGUACUAGCUGUUUAGCUGAGGCUACUUUUUCUGGAAAGUUGUCUGUAUCUGUUGCUGAAGCUGGAGAGACAGCUGUUGUUGUCUCAAUGGCUGAAGGAAAUGAAAGGACUGAAGAAGCAAGUGAGAACCUUUACCUGGCUCUUGAAUUUGACUAGGACUUGAAAAUCAACGCAGUGGAUGGCCAUAGUCUUAGAGCAGAAACACUUUCUACUGAAAAGACUGACUAAACCAAUCUUGGAGGGACAGGGACUCGAACUCUUCUUAUCACGUGAUGCAUUCUUCAGCCAACGUUCCACCUCCUUGGUGCUUAGUGAGUUAAAAACAAGUUGUGCUGAUGGAGCAAUGGAUCAAGCAAACAGCUAUGGUGGUAUUAAAGAUUCUUUGACAAAGUUGGUUAAUAGCUCCAAUGUUGGAAACAAAAUGUUUGAAAGUGAAACCAGUAUAGGUCUUCAUCUUGGUUUAUCUGUCAGCUCUUUUUUGUCUGUUGAGCAUAUGGAUAAUAAUGGAACUGAAUGUCAGGAGACUGUCAAUGUACAGCAGCAAAGUCUUUCAGAAGAAUCUACGUUAAAAGAUGAGAAGAUUCUACCUGAUAAGAUUCUGCCUGAUGCUACUGUGGAGGGUGUGAAAAUGAUUGGCUUAAAAAGAAAGCAUAUGGAGUGCAGGUUAUUUGCAGUGUCUUAAGACCGCUGUUGAUAAGGAAGGUGCUGCCAAAAAUGAAGCUGCAGCUUUUGAAAAGAAAAUUAGAAUCAAGGGGAAGUUUCAAAUAACUCCUUCUAAGGACCAUGCAAAUGAUUUUGUUCCUGAUGAUUGCAUAUGUCCCACCCAUACAACAGUUUUCAAAGAUGUCAAAUUGAAAAAAUCUCCAGAGAAGUAGCAUGCUACUCCUGAUAUAAUGAGUAUAGUUAAAGGGAUUAGUUGUAGACCUUCUAAGGGGCUUUCAUACCAGAGCCUUGCUGAUAAAUCUUCAAAAGAAAGAGAAAAUGCAGCUCGCCUGAGAGUAAAAAAGAUCAUGAGGAGAGCGACGGAAGAGGAGUCAUCUAAUGUAGUUCAAAAACUUAGAACAGAAAUAAGAGAAGCUGUGCGUAACAAGUCUUCUGCUGAUAUUGAGGAAAGCCUUUUUGAUCCAAAGCUUAUUGCUGCUUUCCGCACUGCCGUAGCAGGACCUACAACUGAAGCUGUUGAGAAAUUACCACUUUCUGCUCUGAAAGCAAAGAAGUCUAUGCUGCAGAAAGGUAAAAUUCGUGAGAAUCUGACAAAGAAAAUAUAUGGAAAUGCUAAUGGAAGACGG